GCACUUGACACCCAUCAGGUGCAUGCCACACAGAGCUAUACAAUCGGUAUGACCAAUCAUCGGACAGUGGGCGGGGCGUAGUUAUUCCAGUCGUUGUGAUUCGCGCCGUCGAGAAGCGAGACCUUGUUUGAUAACAUUGGACCACGGCGGUGUUAUCUACAUUGGCGGACGUGCCAUUAAUCUGAGUUCAACGGCAUAUGCUGGGGAAUUCCGUCCGUAACCCUACAAGUGUGACCCGGCAGAUCCUUCUCCCACAGAGCGUGCUCCAGUCCUCGGCUGUCCCUGUGAUGUCAGCAGCCUCUCUUGUGCACCUCGCACGGUGCCGCGGGCCCCGGACGGGCUGCAGGGGCCUGCUACGACACGCCGCUUCUCCUCCGUUCGCCGCCUUCCAGGCCGCCCAGCUGCAGUCGGCCGCCUCCCGCAGACCCCUGCACACCUCCGGCCAGCGCCCCAGCAACACCCGCUUCGACCCGGACAGCAGCGGCAGCCCCACCACCUGGGACUCCUUCGGCAUCUGGGACAACCGCAUCGACGCGCCCAUCCUGCUGCCCUCCAGCAUCCGCUACGGCAAGAUCAUCCCCAAGGUCAGCCUGUCCAAGGUGGGCACGGCCUCCCUCAUCGGCCAGCGCAAGGAGAACGAGGACCGCUUCCAGCUCUCCCAGAUGACCAACAACAUCAUUUACUUUGCCGUGUUUGACGGCCACGGCGGGCCGGAGGCGGCCGACUUCUGUGACAAAUACAUGGAGAAGUACAUCAAGGACCUGGUGGUGCAGGAGAACAACCUGGAGUUGGUUCUGACCAGAGCCUUCCUGGAAGUAGACAAGGCUCUGCAGAAGCAUUUGCAUCACUCUCCAAGUGCGUCCGGGGCCAACGCGGGCUCCACGGCCACCGUGGCCCUGCUGCGCGACGGCAUAGAGCUGGUGGUGGCCAGCGUUGGGGACAGCCGCGCCAUGCUGUGCCGCAAGGGCAAGGCCCUCAAGCUCACCGACGACCACCACCCCGACAGGAAGGACGAGAAGGAGAGGAUAAAGCAGAGUGGAGGGUUUGUGACGUGGAACAGCCUGGGGCAGCCCAACGUCAACGGCAGGCUGGCCAUGACGCGCAGCAUCGGGGACUUCGACCUCAAGAACAUGGGUGUCAUCGCUCAGCCCGAAACUCGGAGAAUCAAGCUUCACCACGUCCACGAUGCCUUCCUGGCGCUGACAACGGAUGGAAUUAACUUCAGCAUGAACAGCCAGGAGAUCUGUGACGUCAUCAACCAGUGCCACAAUCCCAAAGAGGCCGCCUAUAGGAUCUCCGACCAGUCUCUGCAGUACGGCUCGGAGGACAACAGCACCAUCAUCGUGGUGCCGUUCGGCGCUUGGGGGAAGCAGAAGGGCUCCGACGCCAGCUUCUCCAUCAGCCGCAGCUUCGUGUCCAGCGGCCGCUGGGCCUAGACCCCAGACAGCCUGUUCUGAGUGCCCAGACCCCCACCCUGAGUCCCCAAGCCCUGCCCAGUCCACACGGAGCAGCCGUGUGGAUGGUAAACACAGUGCAAUAUUUCCCCCCCCCCCCCCCCCCACACACACCUGUAUAUAACGGAGAGCGAUGCGAGAGAGAGGGUGUGCAGGAAGCACAGAUGUUGCCUUAGGAAUACAGCAUGCUUCUGACAUGGACCAUGGUACUAAUAAUAAUUAUUAUUAUUAUUAGCCUUGGUGUUAAACGAGAGGUGCACUAACUUAAAGACGUCCGAUUCAUUACUUUUAUUUUGCUGGAGACCACAAAUGAAUGGUGGAGAGGUCUGUUGGAAUGGCCAGCAGGUCAUUCAUGUCACUGGACAAUUGCGCUGCCCUGAUUUAUUGUUGGCUAUUAAAUAUUUGGACAAUAUAGGGACAAAGGCAUGCCACCAAAAAAGUCUGUGUCUUUGUUCCACAAUAUUGCACUUUAUAUAUUUUUUUAAAUGGUAGCGUGGGUAUGGUUCUCAAGGGCACCUGCUAAAACACAAUGUAUGUGUAUUUUACCACUUCUCUGAAAGUGUACGGUCCAUCACUUUGGGACCUGUGGUCAGUAUUUAGGCCACAGGCAUCUAGAAAUGGACUUGGUACUGAUGCGUAGCUAGGUGAAAUGCUGUGGAGCUUUCUAACCUAACUCCAGUAAACUCAACUUGAAGUUAUUCCACCUGAUUUGUUGGAAUUCAGUUCGAAGUGGGUUACAAUGAGCAGACAGUCUACUUUUUGUUUUAAUAACAUACCAAAAAGUUUUAGAAGCGACUAUCUUGUCUUUGUCGUGGCUCUACUGAAGCACAGAUGUUACUUUGCCCUGUUAGUGAAUCAAGCUCUCAAAACAGUUUGCAGAAGGGUUGUAAAAAUCCAGAUUCUGUUGUAUGAAAUUACAACAUCUGUCAUUUUUUUCACCAGUAAUACCAUGUGCGGCAAGUUUUGCUCGGGUACAAGAAUGUAAAUUUUUGUGUAUUUUUGUAAAUAUAUUUAUGUACAUUUUAUAUAAGGCUGUUUAUAAUAUUGUGAAUCGAUAAGGCCUCUUGGAAUUGCACUGGUAGUUAAAUGGGAAUACAGGUGUUCUAAUGGGAGGUGUAAUGGUUUAAAUGAUUAGAUCAUCGAAGGCACUAAUGUCCACCAGACAUUAUGAUGCAGAAACUGACCUCAACCGCGCUGGUCUUCUGUGGGACGGACGUUCUUAUCAGGGCCUUCGUCUUCACACGUCCUCGUCGGUACUUGUAGAGUUGUGAGAAGUCAUAAUACACUUUCAAUAAUAUUACAUUUGAUUCAUUUUGACCUUACCAAGAUACAGUUUAUGACCUAAAAAGGGCAAAAAUAACAAUCAAAUAUCAAUAGUUAAAAAGUCACAUUUUAAAAAGCAUACCAAUUAAAUGGCGGUAAUCAGUGGUUUAUCACACGCAGUCUCCGCAGGUGAACACACGUUAGAAAAGGAUGAUGAUGAAAUCAUCGGGAUUGCAAUAUAUCAGCUGUAGUUGUCUCUGCAAGAAUCAGUUUCCCAUUCUUGCAGAGAAACUAUUUUCAAUUGAAAUUUCAUAAAACUAGGGAGCUUGAAGUGAGACCAACGGUUACCCAUUCUGAUGGUUAACCGUUGGGAGCUAACCUUACUGCUCAAUUUCUCUGCCCAGGCAGCCUGGGGAAUCAAACUGAACUGUCACAGCCCUUACUGUUAAGCUUGCGUGCAUACGAAAGGCCAACAUCGUCAUUAUGCAUGUGUCCACACAUGUACAAAUCAGCAAUUUGCCCUGUCCCCUUUCCCAUCUUUCACGUUGGCACCGCAAGCACACCUCAAAACAUAACAAUCUAUGUUUUUUCAAUAUACUUGCAUAGCCAAGAGCCAUAUCUGACUCAUGAAUGUUUGACAAUGACUCAAAUCUGUAUCAAUGAGAAAUGUGAACAAAAGGGAGAGGAUGGGGUCUUUCAUGUUCUUAAGGCAACCCUUUUUGAUUGAAGGAGGAUCAAUUUGUCAAAUAUACUAUGUAUCUUCGGUCUACGUUCACUAUGUAUUUAGCGUUUAAUGUUCUUCCUAUUUACAGUUUUGCAGUGAUUUUUGUAGUUUAGUAUUUUUUAUUUUAUUGUGUUUGUGUGUCAUCCUUAAACGUAUCCAUAAACUUCAUGUACAUAUAAUAUACCUCAUUCCAAUAUCGACAAAAAACAAUAAUAUGGACCCCUGUCAGUCCUUCACACAGUUAACUAAUAUUAUUUAUGUAUAGUUCUAAAUACUGCUGGGAAAUUAUUGGAGCUAUGUGGACCUAUCCUUCCUGUACAACAGUUCUCUAGAUACUGACAUUGUUUGCUGGCUUAAUUAAUUGUGAUACUUAUUGAGCCCUGUCAUAAAUUGAAAACUAAACAAUAAAAAUCUGAAAAUUGA